CUGCCACACGAGCGGAAAUGGGGACGAGCUUACGUAUCUAUUUAUAGAUCUCUAAGUAUCUAACUAAGUGCUGUCCUUGAUCAUAAGGGAAUCGGCAAUCAAGACACAAAACAGCAAGCAAUCACGAAGUCUAGGUAAGAGCCUACUCAAAAUUUACUUCGUGAUUCUUUGGUCGGGUUUCGAAAAAAUUAUGAGUGCCCCUCCGCCUGUAAGAAAGCGCUCAGUCACACUCAGCUCGCUAGACCCGUCCUACAGCCUGGGCCGACGUAAAGACGAGCUGAGAACCUCCAGUAUAAACUCUCUUGCGUCUGGAAUAGCCUACUUUGAGACUGGCACCAGGGGACGUUCAUGCACAUGGCACGGUGAGCAAGACGCCGUACAGGAUUCACAACACGAUGGCAAUAAUAACCCCGAUAUCGCGGAUCUCAACGAUUUCGAGGACAACUUCGAGUCACAGGAGCUUCUGAGACAGAUUAUUUCGGAAGAAUUGGACAGCGUUUUGAGAGACUGUGAUUACGAUAGUGAGAGGAGCGUGAAACAAGGCUCUGUGAUCAGUCAGAGAGUAGAGGGAAGAGUAAAAAGCGCCGUGAAGUCAGGGACAAAGAUUGUGUCUGUGGUGUACAUUGGAGAGAUACGAGAUCAGGGAAUUGAGAUUACAAGCCAGUGCUUGUGGGAUUCGAAAUCGGACAAUUUCGCAACAGCAAGUUUCCGGAAUAAGUCGCUGUUUGCCGUAUGCACGGUUUUCACAGUGCAGUGAAAGAAACCUUAAAACAACAGUGGAUCUCUAGUUAUUCGGCAAUUGUAUUGUGUGCAUUGUGUUUACAAUAUUCCACUCGAAAACUAGUGUAUACAAAUAUGUUCAAGAGGAUAACAGUAGAAUUGGUCUUCACACAGUCAUCAAUAGGUUAUCGAUGGUAGAUAGAAAGGCAACUGUUUAUGGAGGUCAUCGCUUUCUAUUCUAAAAACAUUAUUAUAUUUUUUCGUAAGCUGAUGGCAGACGCGAGGUAGGAGCCAAGCAUUUAAAUGUCUCUGGUUGUCAACGCAUAGCGAGCAAUAAACGUUUAAGACAAUGCGUCCAUUAGAAAACCCCUGUCAUCAUCUAGCCAAGGGAUUACCAAGUGCAACCAAUUUAGACUCUCCAUGGUGCUAACUCGCUGAACAACCACACAUACACACAAUCCUAAGCACUCUUGCAUUUGAUGAAAUUCUGAAAGAGGACCCAACAUGGCGAUGAUUGAGAUGAAUAUCUGAUAGUGAAUAGCGACGAAAUGGCUCUUAGUUUAUGUUCGUUCCAUUCCGUAAACAGAUCGAAGUUCAUUAAGAAGCUUUGUUGUAAUCCAAACAGUUAAUCUCAGGUCCAACAUUCACGGAACCUUGUACAAACAAUAUAUUCAAUAAUGCAAUAUUGCCCAUUCAAGUUAAGAAUAGGGCGUGUACAUCAGAACCUCAUUAUCACACAGAUACUUCUAAGAGGUUUUUCAUUGGAAACGCUUGGCUAAAAAAAUGGGGAGGAACACAAAAGAGAGCUUUAUAUAACAGCAUAAUGAUACAUAUUAUAUCAUAAUGAAUUUUAGAGCAGACCGA